AGGGAAUCUGGCGGCCAGGAUUAUGCCACAGUCAGUGUGGCGAUGGCAAGAGUUAGAUCUGUGUCUACCCAGUGGUACCUAGGGUGUGACUGCGAUGGAAUGGGGUUUUCCACUUCAGAAGAGAAGGAAUUCCAUACAGAAUCUGCACACUUUGGAUUAGAACAGCUAGUUGAAAUAGAGUCAUAUAUACACAUAAUAUUACAGAUGGACCUUUACUUCUGCCGACACCAGCACUUGCCAUAGACGGGUUAACUAAAACCAGCAAGAUGAAGGUGAAAUGGACCCAACUGGGCCUGGUGUUUUUCUUGCUGUUGUCCAUCGUCAUGACUUCUUGCUUCAUUUGGCAGUACCAGCUGCCCAAGUUAGUGCUAGAAGAAAAUACUGGGGAAAGAUCCAAAUCUGUGAGAAUGUGCCCUCGCUUCCCAGAGCCCACAUCUCUUGAACACCCCAUCCCCUCUUUGAAGGAGGCGCUUGAGAAGGUUGACGCACUGCUGCGGAAUAACAUCAACCCCAUCAGUCUGCCCUCAUUGUCAGCUAUUGUUACUUACAAUGGCACAGUACUGUGGACAGGGAACUUCGGCAACAGAAAUGGUAGUGAUCCAAACUCUGCACCACCAAAUGAAUACACCGUUUACAGGAUUGCCAGUGUUUCCAAGAUCUUUCCCACCCUGAUGCUGUAUCGACUGUGGGAAGAUGGCAAGGUGGCCUCUCUGGAUGACCCCCUGGAGAAGUAUGUGGACAACUUCACCAUUAAAAACCCCCUGGGCAAAAGCAGAGACUCUGAGCUGAAAUACGUCACUGAUGGUCUGAUCUUCCUUGACAGCGGUGAGGUUCAAAUCCGAUCGUCGUCUGUAACAUUAAGAAGAAUGGCCAGCCAGCUUUCUGGUCUACCCCGAAGACUCCGUGGAACUACCUUGCUGUGGAAAGGGAAGACCAAGUCUGCAAUCAACCUCCUGCAGGAUGAUGUGCUCGUUGCUGAUCCAGGGACCAAAUGUCACUACAGCAAUUUGGCAUUCUCUUUGCUCGCCCAUGUCCUCUCUGAGAGAGUUGUCGGUAUCAAUUACCAGCGAUGGAUUACGGAUAACAUUCUGGGCAGGUUGGGAAUGGAGGACACAGGGUUUGACAUCAACCCUGGUAUUCAAAGUCAAAUGGCUGUAGGUGUAUACGCCAGUGGCCAAACGGCACCUCUUUAUGACUUGGGUUGGUACCGCCCCUCGGGCCAGAUGUAUUCAACAGCUGCUGACAUGGCUAAAUUAUCAAUGAUGUUACUGGGAGCCUAUCACCGCAAGCUAUUGGAGCCCGACACUUUAAAAAUGAUGCUAAUGCCUUUGUUCCGCUGUGAAAAAAACUACUUCGCCAACCGCACCGGAACGCCGUGGGAAGUGAAUGAACAGAUGGGAUAUGAGGUGCUACGCAAGGAUGGCGAUCUAGACGGCUACUCCGCUAUGUUCUCUCUGGUGCCUCGCCUUAAGCUUGGAUUGGUGGUGCUAAUGGCAGGCACACGGCCACAGAACCAGGAUAUGGUUUCAAAGGCCUACUCAUUUAUCAUUCCUGCCAUGGAGAGGGCCUUCAGGGAAGCCAAGCAGUUUCUUGUUCCUCCGCCCAAUCCUGCACCCUACGUGGGCUUUUACACUUACAGCAACAUUACGUUUUACGAGAUUAAAGCGGGGCCAGAUGGUGUCUUGAUCAUGCAGCAGUUUGGACCUCAAAUAGAGGAUCUCAUCCCUGAGCGGUAUCGGACCAUUAAAUUGAAUUACCUAGUGGACCGAGUCUUUAGAGUCAUGUUCGAGAAAGAAUAUCCUUGUGUGCUGCAUGUCAACACCGCGUCAGUGUCCCUCGAAGCCCAAGAUGGGCAGCUGUUUAACUUUUAUGUCUUUGACAAGAAAGGCGUGUCUCCUGGAUUCGACGCUCCAGGGCUCAACACAUAUAAUGUGAUUAAAAUAUCUCGCAGACCCACGUUCUCUAACUGAGGAUGAAAUGGUUUCUGAAAAACUGUGCUCUGAGACACUGGGGGUUUAUUUAUGAGUGAUUGCAUCAAAUGAUCACAGAGGAUGGUUACCACUGUCAUUGUUUUUCAUGUAAUAGCUUGUUUACCCUGCAAA